UUCGACCCUCGUACAGUGACCAAACAUACCCUUAAAAACCAAACCAAACCCGAAAGCUGCGCGAAACACGGCCGCAGCAGCCAGCCUGCCUAUCCACCACUCCUGUCCUCCAGUCUCCGGCCCGGGCCUUCGCGCGCGCGCUCGGACAAGCGGGGAGACAGCGAGGGAGGCGACCGGGCGGCGCCACGCAAUGCAGCCGCCGGAGCCCACCGAUCCGCCGGGGCGGCCCUUCCCUCCGCUGCCCGCGCCGGUCGCGCGCGGGGCGCACCACCGCCGGGCCAGAUCUGAGGUCGCCUUCCGCCUCCCUGACGACCUCGGCCUCGGCGGCGGCGGGGACGGCGACGGCUUCGACGAGAUCGGUUCUGAGGACGACCUCUUCUCCACCUUCAUGGACAUCGAGAAGAUCUCCUCCGCCGACCCCGCCGCGGGCUCCGACCGCGACCGCGCCGCCCAGACAUCCUCGCCGCCGCGCCCCAAGCACCGCUACAGCAGCUCCGUCGAUGGCUCCGGUCUCUUCUUCUCCCCCGGCAGCGGCGGCGGCUCGCGGAACGACGCCGCGGCAUCGCUGGCCGAGGUCAUGGAGGCCAAGAAGGCCAUGAGUCCCGAGCAGCUCGCGGAGCUCGCAGCCAUCGACCCUAAGCGCGCCAAGAGAAUUCUAGCUAACAGACAAUCAGCGGCUAGAUCAAAAGAAAGAAAGGCUCGUUAUAUAACAGAACUGGAGCGGAAGGUUCAAACUCUUCAGACUGAAGCCACCACUCUCUCCGCACAACUCACACUAUUUCAGAGAGACACGACUGGACUUUCUGCAGAAAAUACAGAGCUCAAGAUAAGGUUGCAGGCCAUUGAGCAACAGGCUCAACUGCGUGAUGCUCUGAACGAUGCACUGAAGCAGGAGCUGGAGAGGCUUAAGCUUGCUACUGGUGAGAUGACAAAUUCCAGCGAGACAUUUAACAUGAGAUUUCAACAUGUCCCAUACAACUCUUCCUUCUUCCCGCUUUCCCAGCAAAAUACAGCCCAGCACCCGGGUGGCGCCCAGUUGCCACCGCCGUUCCAUCCACCUCAUCCUAAUGUGCCAAACCACCAUAUGCUAUCCCACCCAAACACUCUCCCAGACAUAAUGCAGCAAGACCAUCUCGGACGUCUGCAGGGUUUGGACAUUGGAAAUGGGCCUCUAGUUGUGAAAUCAGAGAGCAGCUCGAUAUCUGCCAGUGAAAGCAGCAGCACCUUCUAACAAGGCUUACACAUCGACUCGGCAGUUUCAUUAGAUUUCUUUGUUCAUAGCCUGACAUCCUUGCGCUGCUUCCUGUUCUGUAAGCUUAUUUUUUAUUCAAUUCAUUCGAUUUAGUUGAAAUUGUUUGUAAUUGCACUGCCUGAUCUAUCCCUGUUGUAGGCAUGAUCCCGGAACUCUUCACGUCUGUUUGUUUUGGGUUCAUUUCAUGUGUGCCAUGUUUGGGAUUAUCAGGGCAUUUGGAGUGGAAUUCUCUGAUAAUAUGGUGUUGUUUUUAGCCAUGUGGAUUCUUCUUUCGGAACAUACAUGUAUUCUCUGCAAUUUGUUUAGCUCUGCGCAUUUGUGCUGCCAAGCUAGUUU